AUGGACUUUGACAGCGACUUUAUGGCAACCUGCCCAAUGGUAGAAAAUCGGGUCAAGGCCAUAUUCAACGGAAUCAUGUCCGCCGGUCUGUUUGUGUCAUAUCUGCCUCAGUUUGUCAAAAUCCUCCGCACAAAGUCUUGCGAUGGCAUCUCCCUGUGGUCCAUCAAUCUUGGCUGCAUUGGCGCUGUGGCGGCAAUGUCGAACAUCUUCUUGUUUGAGUUUCGGUUGCUCCGGUGCUGCUAUGGCCCAUGGACAACUUCUAUGUGUGUUGAAAAUUCGCUCUCGCUCGUUCAGAAUGUCAUAGGCUGGAUGUGCAUCGUUACUGUCUUUAUUCUCUACUUUGUCUUCCCGCCGGUACGCCAAAACGGAGGCCAAGUCCAGGACCGGGAUCCGGCGGGCAAGUUGAAUGAGGCCAAGCGCGGGGUCGCCUCCUUCCUGUCGUUCUCCAAAAGAGCAGCCACCACAAGCAACACCUUGGGCACCGUCCUCCACCUCGGAUUCACCUUUGUUGGCAUCGUUCUGUCGGUGAUUCUGCUGGCGACACAAUCUUGGGAUGGCGCAAACUCCCUCGGCAACACCAUGGGUAUCAUUUGUUUGGCCACGACCUUCAUUCAGUUCAUACCGCAAAUUAUUGAGACAUGGAUGCUGAAGCGCGUCGGCUCGCUCAGCGUGACCACCAAUCUGAUGCACAGCUGGGGCUCGUUCGUGGUAGCGUAUCUGCAAUAUCUGCAGCCCUCGACCAACUGGACAACCUGGGUUCCGUAUGUGGCAACGGGCACCUUCCAGAUCACCAUUGUACUGCUGUGCGUGUACUUUAUGGUCAAGGAAUGGCGAGCAAAGAGGACCAGGACAAGGACUGAGGAUGGCGAGAGGGAUGAUGAUAUUGUUCACUUGCCCCACGAAGAAUCCAAGUCAAAGUCGUCCGAGUCGUUGCCUUGAACGAUACCAUCAGGAGAGAGGCUCAAUGUG